CAGGCACGUCGGUGGGGUGAUGCUGCGGCGCCGGGCAAGGGCCGGGCCAGCCGCGGGGAGCGGCCCGCCCGCUCGGGCCCGGAGUCUCGGCCGUGCCGGCGCUGCCGCUGAGCGUAGCGGUGCUUCCUCUUUCCCGUUCCUCGCCGGGGCCGGCGCCAUGGCCGGGGGCGCCAGGCCUGCCGCUCCCUGACACCCGCCCGUCCGCGAGGUACCGCGCCCGCGGAUGCGGGGGCCGCGGAGGGACAGCGGGGCGGGCUGAGGGGGCUGGAUACGGCGCUGGCCGCGGGCUGCUGCGUGCGGGACUCCUCCGGGCAGCGGAAGGGAAGGGAAGAACUGCCCGUGCCCCGAGCGGAGCUGCCCGCUUCUCACGGAGCCUAGCAAGGAAGGGCUGCAGCGGGAGCGUUUCGUGCUUCGUCAGCCCGGCAGUGUUUUGGCUUUGAUUCCGUUUUGCUCCUACCUGUUCCUGGAGAAGAGGUCCCCGCCAUGUCUCGCUACAGCCUCCACAACCUCCUGGACUGGAUGUAUGGCGGGGUGGACCCCAGCUUUGCCGGCAAUGGAGGGCCGGAAUGCGCCGCCUUCCUCUCCGGCCAGCAGCGCUUGCUGGAGAGUUUGGUCUUCCUCAGUGUGGGCACCGUGGAGAUCCUCGUGUCCCUGUGGAAGCUGAGACAGCAGCAUGUCCAGGAGCUGGAGAAUCUGCUGCAGCAGCCCCAGACUAAGCAGGAGAGCCUGGGCAAGAACGUGCUGCUGGUGCUGCUCUGUCUCAUCUUUGGGCUGGAGGUGGGGUUCAAGUUUGCCACCAGGACUGUCAUUUACCUCCUGAAUCCCUGCCACGUGGUCACCAUGAUGCAGAUUUUUCUUCUUGCCUGUCCCCCGUGUCGGACUGCCAUGAUUCUCUUCAGGUUGCAGAUGCAUAUGCUGAAUGGGGCCCUCUUAGCAUUGCUGUUUCCUGUUGUUAAUACACGCCUGCUUCCAUUUGAAACAGAGAUUUAUUACAUCCAGCAUGUGAUGCUCUAUGUUGUGCCCAUCUAUCUGCUGCACAAAGGAGGUAUCUACACCCCUGAACCGCUCUGCAAUUUCUGGUGGGCUCUUUUAUCCACGGGGUUUAUGUUUGUGUAUCAUUUUAGCAUCUUGCAGAUCCUGGGAUUGGUUACAGAAGUGAAUUUGAACAACAUGUUGUGCCCAGCCAUCUCAGAUCCUUUUUAUGGGCCCUGGUACCGAAUCUGGGCAUCUGGACAUCAGACUGUCAUGACCAUGACUCAUGGGAAGCUCAUAAUCCUGUUGUUUCACAGUGCUGUUCCCACCCUCAAAUGGAGCAUGGACUUGCUUAGACUCCCAGCUAAGAAAAUAGACUGAAAUUUCUCCCCACAGAGUAGUUCAUACAGGAAGCAGAGAUAUACUGAAAAACAAAGAGGCAGGAUGAGACUACCAUGUCUUUAUACUUCUUCCCACAGUUUUUUGCCUCAAAAACACCUCUAAUGAAGUGAGGGGUUUUUUUACCUGCUGUUUCUCACUGCCUAUUGUCAAAGGCAAAAUUAGUGGCCUUAUUCUGGGGAAGGUUCAUGUUUUAUACAUUUUGUAUAGAUUACAGUAGAAUCUUGCUAAGCCACCAUUUAAAAUCAGGCCAGGACCUGUCCACAUUCCAGCAAAGAGAGUGGCAGUGCUACCUCAUUUUGACUCAUUUUCCAUUAAAGAAUUGUACACUUCUAGGACAGGAAAUCAUGCUGAAUUGUAGCACUCCACUGAUGUGAACCAACAUGCUGGACUGCAUCACCUGGCUUAACUCUUAAAGCUUGAAUGUUCCAAAAUGGUUACAGGAAAUCAUGCACACUUAAUCUUCCAAUCAGAAGUGCAAAACAGUGAGGUUCUACUGUUUUUUCUUAAAGCUGGUUGAAAAUGUUGGGGAACAAUAACUCAUUAAAAGAAAUUAAUCAACUACUAAAUUUCUAAGCUGCAGUGGAUAAGUACCUAUCUAGUGAAGUCCCAUCAUGAUGCUUUGGAGAUACUUUUAUUUUGAUGAGGGAAAAAAAAUGAAUGUUGAAAUAAUUUCAAAAGACCAUGUUAUGUAUAGGCCAUGAUAAGAUAUUGCAUUCACUGUUCUGUCCUGACUUAGAACAAAAUGGUUUUUUUCUACUUACCUUAUACUGGAGGAGUGGAGAUACCAAGUCCAAUGUAAACAUCAGGGUUUUUUUUUUUUUAAUACUUAGUAGCUUUUGAAACAUUCCUGCUUCAUCUGUGCUGAUCCUCACUGACCAGACUGGUUGGUGAAGAAACCAAAUGAAACUGUUCUCUCCCUACAGCUCUGCUAUAUCAUGUGUAUUGAUAUUAAAAUACAGGUAUAAAAAGGAAUGUCAAAUCAGUGCAGGCCUCUCCUGCAAAGGGCAGUUUAGUAGCAUAGCCCAUCAAUGUCUUUUGGAGAACAGGAUGUAGAUGCAGAAUGAUCAACUGCAUGUGAGCAGGUGCUCAAACUUUGCAGGAGCAGAAAUCAUUGGGCAGAAAGAUAGAAAAUCCUGACUGUAUUCUUCCAGAAUUGUGAGUCCAUUGUGCAGACUGUUGUGUUUCAGGGCUGCAGAUUUUUCUUGUACAGAAGUUUGGGGGAAUUUAUAAAUUAUUUGUGUUGUCAAAGCUGUGAUUUGUAAGAUAAACCAAACCAUCAUACCUCCUCCAGCUGGAUCACCUGAAGGUAUGUGCUGAAGUUAAGGUACAGAUGUUUAUAACCUCAGGAAGCAAAAGUAAGUUGACUUUUUUUUUUUCUUUAAAAAAAAAAUAAUUUAGUGAGGGAACAAGUGGCUACUUCAAAUAUUUUUACUCCAUAUGAUUAAAAAAGUACACCUCAAUCAGAAAUACAUUGUCCCCAUAUUCUGAUUUACAAAUUGGUUUCUGGCAUUCUUCCAUGCCUUGCUCUUUGUGUGUAUAUAUAUAAAAAUAUCCUGUAUGCUCACAACUUGCAAACAUGCAGCAUGUACCUAAACUAUCCCUCAGGCAUAUACAGCUGGUGUUAGUAUUACAAUAGAAGGACUUAAGACAAAUUUUGCAAAUACUAUUUAGCAUUAUUAUUUGCUUUAUUUUCUUAACUUAUGGUUUCUGGAUUUUUGUUGGUUUGGUUUGGUUUUUUUUUUUUUUGUUUUUUUUAAUUGCCUUUUUCUUUUCGCAUCUUCCCUUUUUUUUCCCUGUCAGGAUACUGUAGUUACUGGAAACACUUCUCUAAGUAGGAGCCUUUUCUUUUUUCCUUUUUUAAACUAUAGCAUUUCCUAUCUGUAAUCAUCUGCUUCAGGGCAUUCCAAACAAGUAUAAAGCAGCUGCUGUUUGCCACCAUUGACUGCCUCUGGUCAAUUGAAACUGCAGGAGCAUUUAAAUGAGCUCAGGUGUCUCACUCAGUGCUGGCUCUGUGCUUGGAAAGCAGAAUUUAUGAGCUCUUCUGGCUGACUUAAAAUUCAGUAGCAGGAAUGUGAACAGAGCUGACAGGGCCAUCCCUGGGCAGUGGAAAGGGAUUCCUGGUGCAGAGCUGCUGGGAGUGGUUGCGCCUGCCCUCCCUCCCUGGCGGUCACUGGGCCCACCUGUGCUUUUCCCCCUUAUGCUGCUCCAGUUGUUUAGAGUCACACAGAAAUUCGAGGUGUAAUUUCACCACGUGGAAUUUGCUGAUGGAGCUGCUCAUCAGAGCCAGUGGGACACUUGUAGUGUUCUUCUAAACCUUGUUGUGGGCACGUUCUGGAGCUUGUUGGAUCUUUUGUACCAAUUUAAGCUGAGAUGUCUCACUGAGCAAGGCAAAAAAAGUAGAGAGGUAACCAACUACUGCACUCAGUAAGGACUUUAGAAGUACUGGAGCUGCAGUGAAGGAAUCAAAUGGUGAAGCUGGAGCCAGGUGGGAAGGCAGGCAGUGCAACCUUCACCUUUUGAACAUAAGCAGUUGCUUCUUUGUUGUUGUGCACUAUCACUGAGGCUGGCUGAGUUAGAACAGAAUCAUUUAGGUUGAAGAAAACCUAUGAGUUCAUCAAACCAAGCAUUAACUGAGCCCCCACUAAUCCUUAUCCCCAGGUACCACACCUAGACAUCUUUUAAACCCCUCCAGGGUUGGUGACUCCACUGCAGCCUGUUCAAGGCUUGAUAACCCUUCUGGGGAAGAAUUUUUUCCUAAAGUCCAAUUUAAACCUUCCCUGGUGCCACUCGAGGCUGUUUCCUCUUGUCAUGUUGCUUAUUUCCUGGGACAAGAGGCUGACCCCCAUCCUCCCUUCAGGCAGUUGCAGAGUGACAAGGUCCACCCUGAGCCUCCUUUUCCCCAGGCUAAACCCUCAGCCAUUCCUUAGAUACCUGCUCCAGACCCUUCCCCAGCUCUAAUGCUUUGCUUUGGAUGUGCUCCAGAGCCUCAGUGUCUUUCAAGUAGUGACAGGCCCAAAACUUAAAAUUAUUCCCCCUUCCCCAUGCCCUUUUUUGAAGGCUUUUAGAACUUUAUGUUGAUUUAUGGUGACCCACCACUCAAAAGUGCAUCAGUGUAGCUGAGACAGGCUCCACAGAAGGGGAAGGACAGGUCAGAAUGGGAGCAGAAAAAGGAAAAACUUCUGAAGCAAUUGUCGUGGAACUUCACAUCCUUCAUUCCUCACCUAUCUCUGGUAUCUGCUGGGAAUAUGCAUUAGCCAGAGCUUGCCAUAUGUGCAGGAAAUGGGAAAGCAGAGUACUUCAUCUCUAUAGCACUUACUUGUUGUUUUCCCUGGCAGAGGCUGAUUUUUCUUUUCCCUGAAUGGUUUAUUUUAUAGGCAGUUACACUAUACAGAUUUCUUUGGUUGCUUUAUGCUUAUUUAUGAUGGAAAUGAAAGCACAAAACUCUACUGCUGUUCUUGGGAGGCAAUUGCAUUCUCUCCUGGGGUAUUACACACUCAAUCCAUGUCAAGAUAACUUGAAGCUGUUGCCCAGUACCUGGUGAUGAGGUUUUACAGUGCUGCAGUGCAGUGCAAUUGAAAGGGCUGUCCUGGGCCUCCUGGUCAAAUGUGCCCAAGUGUGUCAUGGCACUGGGAAUGUCAGCAGCAGUGGCAGUGGGGCUGCACAGCCAGACCCCUGUUCCCAGCAGCAGCAGCUGAAGCAGAGUGUAAAAUCUCACCCCAGAGCAACUUCAUUUGCUGGCUAGAAUACCCAAAAAAUUCUUGUGCAGUGCCACUGCCUGGCCUUUAGAGAUGCUGGGAUGGGUUAAGCGGUCUGAACAGAGCCCUCAAGUGGCAGUAUUGUUGGCAUUUCAAAAGAAACAGGGAGUUAAGCAAACUCAUUACUCCAGCUGCCACUGGCUGCAUUUCCCCCCAAGUACCCAUGAAUGCAGCAUUAUUAGCUAUAAUAAAUCUGUUUACUGAUGGGUUUGUUUGCAGCCUUGGAGUAAGUAGCCCUCCAAAACAGAGGUAAACCAGUAACAUUUAUGCCCCCACCACCUUGUGCCAUGGCUUCAGCUGUCCAGGAUCCCUGCAGUGCUCUUUUUCCAGGGAUUCAGACACUCUACAGUGUCUGAGCUGGAUCUAUUUGUUUAACUUCCUCUUUUAAGCACCAAAGGAGGAUUUGCGUAGUUUCUUUUGAAAGAUGCAAACAAAUAGCUCUUACCCAUGUGUUUGUAAAUUGUGAAAAGCCACAGUCUAUGAACACACACCUGGAGCUGGUUUUAGUUCAGCUUCUUAGUUCAAAGAUGCUGCCCUAAGCAAAACUUAUGUGUGCUUGAGGAGAAGUCAGUCCAUUUGUAGUCCAGUCAAACCUUGAGGUCAGAGAGUACCUAACAGUAGGUUUCUGUUUCUGGCCACAGAGUUUUGAUAUUACUGUAUAUUUGAGAUAAUUUUAUAAAGUUCAAUUGUAUUUUUCAGAAAUGGCUAUUUGCAACUGUUAACUGACUGUACUUUUACAUCCUAAGUCUUGCAUCUAAACUAGAAGCAUUUGUUUUCUAUGCAUCCAUAGCUAAUGGAAAAGAGAGCUCUGGUGUUUUCUUCAGUGUGACAAUUGUUUCACUCUAGGUGGAUCCUUAGGAAUUAAAUUCAUCUUUGUAGUUAACAAAGCUCUGAAAAAGCCAAAACCCAGGAAGAGGGUGUAUGUCAGCCCUGGUGGGAGGUUUCUGCAGGCAGACAGGUCAGCUUUGGUGUUUUCAGUUCUACAGUGACAGGACUCAUAACAAAUCUGUUGAUUUUUGUGACCUUGUACUUUAAGUGAUCUUGCUGUAAAUCUCUCUUGCAGCUGUUGGUGUAACUUAGUCAAAGCCAAGUUGUUUUAUAAAUAAUUUUAUUUUUCUUCAGGGUCAAUUUUGUACUUUUAAAAACUAUUUCUGCAUUUCCUGAGUCAUUAUCCCAAUGCUGCAGAGGACACAGCAGGCAGAGCAGUGAGCACACCCCACUCUCCCUGACCACGCUGUGCCAGGGGCUGGGCUGGAGCACCAGGGGGCCUGCAGGAACCUGCAGGGCUGCUUACCUCACACUCCAGUCCCAGCAUGGCAUUAUCUAGGCACAGAAAGGGUUGGAAAGGUCAAGGAUGGAUGUGGAUGGGCUCAACUGCCAUAUAUGCUGUUAGUUCUGAAUAAUUUGUAAGAGUGUUACAAAUUUUGUAAACUUUUUAAUGUGCUAAACUUUGGUUAUGAGGUAACAUUUACAAAUGAGGGGUAAUUUGUGUACUUGUUUUUGUAUUUUGCUCUGGUGGGCUUUUUUGUUGUUGUGCCCCAAGUCCAGAUCAUUGGGUAAAUAGUUGUUAAACCUCGGAAUUAAAUAAAGGCAUCUUACUGGA